AUGAUUUCCGUUCUACAAGGGUAUAUUAUCGGCAUCACAGCCAUCGUCUCUCUCAUCUUUUGUACUCGGACAGAUGGUGCUCACUCGCCUGAUGAUAAAAGUCAAGGAAGUUGGUCAGGGCUAAGUGAUAUCUUGGAAAUCAAUCAAUUCGAUCCAACCUGGCAAGGUGAGGUUCAGAGUGGUUAUAGAGGAGAUGCCAACACAUCGCAAAAUAAUGAAGGUGGACAAGAGAAAGCUAAACGGAAAAAGAUUCGUCUUUCAACACCAGAAAAGCAACAAUCACGGAAGCUUAGACGUCAAAGAUUCAACGAUGCUUUAAAUUCGGAUCCGGUGCGAAAAGAUAUCUAUAAAAAGAAGAAAGCUGAAUGGAAUCGGGCAUAUAAAGCGAGAAGACGAGCAAGAAUCACAGGAAGCGAAAAAAAGGCUUUUAAAUUACUUGAAAGUCAGGCCAAUCGUAGAUAUUACAUGAAACGUAAAGAGAAAUACGGUGGAUAUUCUUGUCCAAUGAUGCAACGAUUGAAUGAGAUAAAAAAGUUACAUGAAGAAGGUAAAGCCAAUGAAGAGGAUCUUAAGAUCUUGCACGAUUAUAGGGAAGGACAAAAGUUAGCAAGGAGAAAACAACGUGCUGCUCAAAAAAGUGGCACUCAUAAAGGGUGA